AAUCUCGCUGGUCGCUACACUGUGCCGGACAUUUAACAUUUCUUAAGUGUUUAUCCUCUGUAUGGACCCAUUUUCCACUCUGUGGCGUGAAUUUAUUACUUGUUUACAUAUCAAUAACCCGCGCGCGAAAAAACAACAGUUUUAGUGCAACAUUUAUUUAUGUAUUUAUUGACUUGAUAAGUGCUUUCGACUCAAUCUGGAUUUAAAAAGUGACUCGGUAAGGAGGUGGGUCGAGUCUACCCCAUCUCCCAUCGUUGAAUCGACACCAAAGAAACCUCUGCUUACCAAUAAUAACUCCAUAGACUUUACCGCUAGUUUCUACAAGCAGCAUCAACAAAGUAUGCCGAUGCUUUUGCAACAGCCGCCUCCUCACAUGCUUCUUGGGAGCCACGAGACCGAUCAACCUCUGGACUUCACUAUGUCCAAGUUUAAAACAAAGAAUACGGUGGCUUCGCAAAUUAAACAGUUUAAUAGCAGUAUGCACCAGAUGAUGCUGUUGCAGAAUAACGGGCUGUAUUUUAAUAGGAGCAAUAAUAAUAAGAGUUUUACUAGAGGUAGUUCGCCUAUGUCGAGUAGUUCGGAGGAGGAGGGGGUGGGACCACCGAUGGAGAGUCCCAGAUCAAGUCCUGAAAGUGCUGGAGUUAGACCCUUACAUGAUGAAGAUCCUUCGGUCACUUCAACCCCAAAUACACCCACUGAGAAGCCAUACGCCAAACUAUGGAUGAACGAGAAUGACACACCAUGGCGACCAGAUAUCCAACAACAAACCUUGGAUGAGUCCAAGGCUGCCCUUCAAGCAAGGCUAGGAUUGUCUCCAAUUGAACCCAAGCCUUUGCUGAAGCUUGACAAGCCGCCUACUCCACUAUCAUCACAUCAUGAAGAUAACGACCAGCCUCAGGAUCUUAGCGGAGACGAUCAAAGUAUCAGUAGUGAAAAUCCACCGGAAAAUCACGAUGAAAACUCAUUGGAUUCCGAUAGAGAUGGCGCACUUAAUUUGGUCACGGGUCAACCAGAACCCCACAGAAUACCCUCCCCAAACUCCAACAUUAACAAUUCCAGUUCAGGGGUGGGAUCCGCCCUGGCAGCCCUAGGCAGCUUGGGUAUCUUCGGCAACCCGAUACACCAGAUGUUAAGCGGGUUACAGGCCUUCCAAAACCCCCAGGGGUUACAGCAAUUGGCCAUGUUACAACAGGCCAGCGGACAACCAAUUAAUCCUCAAUUCUUUUUGCAAAAUCAGGUUCAACAAAUAGCACAGGCAGCCCAGCAACAGCUCCAGCAACUUCAGAAGGUGCAGCAGCAACAACACCAGCAGCAACAACAGCAAGCCCAGAACCACCAUCAUCACCACCAACAACAUUCUCCUCACCAACAGCCCUCUCCGCAUCACCACCUUAACACCUCCAUUCCUCCCAACAGUCAACUGCCCCAAAACAUCAAUCAAAACCAAACUACUCCUCCUAAUAACAACCAUAAUAUCCCAGCGAGUUUGUUGACUCCAAGCACUCCUAGUUCAGGAGGACUCACUCCUCAGCACCUAAAAACCCAGUCGAGGCUAAUGGAGCCUAGUCCAGAUGAAACUACUGAUCUGGAGGAGCUGGAACAGUUUGCCAAGACCUUUAAGCAGAGAAGGAUAAAGCUAGGAUUUACACAAGGAGAUGUUGGUCUAGCAAUGGGAAAACUCUACGGCAAUGACUUUUCCCAAACUACAAUAUCCCGAUUCGAAGCUCUAAAUCUUAGCUUCAAAAACAUGUGCAAACUGAAGCCUUUGCUUCAAAAAUGGCUUGAAGAUGCAGACAGCACCCUAACCAAUCCUGGAGCCCUUAGCAACCCUUUGACUACCCCAGAGACUAUCGGGAGGCGAAGGAAGAAGCGCACCUCCAUAGAAACAUCUGUACGGGUGGCUCUGGAGAAAGCCUUUAUGCAAAACCCCAAACCGACCUCAGAAGAGAUCUCGAUGCUGGCGGACGGACUCUGUAUGGAGAAAGAAGUGGUGAGAGUCUGGUUUUGCAAUAGGAGACAAAAGGAGAAACGGAUUAAUCCUCCUCCGGCGGCCAUGGGAUCACCUUGCUCAGUGGGUAAUAGCACGGCGCCUAUUUACCACUUAGCGAAUAACUUAGCGACCAGCCCCUUGUCAUUAGUCACCUCGAGUCACCAGAACUACAACCCCAACGUGAUGGUGAAACAGGAAUGACCCCAUCUUAAUUUUUUUGCCGACCAUUUUAUGGAUUAGGCAAAAUAUGGUGGUUCUUUGGUAUUAUUUAUCCACGUGAGAAGCGAAACAGUGCAAUGUGUUCCCUGUGGAGGAGGGAGAGGAUGGAAUGUCUUCCUGGAUGUAUAGGAAGGUUCGCCAUGUUCCUGUUAAGUUAGGUUUGAUUUGUUUUUUUUAUUGUGCCUACUUAAGAGUUGAGUUUUUGUGUUGUUGUUGUCUGGAUAUGGUGGAGUUUAAUGUUAGACAGGCCUGCGGAGGAUCAGAUUUAAAUCAUGCUGUAGUAAGCAGACAUUUUGAUGAACUUUGGUCGUGGCUUUAGGUUCACUCGACUAUAAGGGAGAUUUUUUAAUAGCAACAGAUUUUUUAAUGAAAAGAGUUAAUUUUAGGAGUUUCUCUAUUUCAAGCUUUUUUGGAGGAAUUUCUAUGUAUUAUGUCGGAAAUUCCUUGAUUAAACAUUUUUGUAUUCAUUGCUGUUAAGAUUAAGAUAAAUUAAUUGCAUAACCUAAUUGGAUGUGAUUUCCAGUUUUUUUUAAUAUGCCUUAUACUCAUAAAAAGACAAAAAUUUUAAAUAGGCCUAAAUAAGAACAAAAAUAAAGUGAAAAAAAUAUAAUUUUUGGAAUUAUUUGAAGGCGAAAAUGGGCGCAUUGUAGAGUUUCUGAAUUUUAUUUAAACUGCAUCAAGCUUUAUAAAAAUAAAACUCUAAUGCUGCAUUUUCUAAAUGGAUACAAUUUACGCUGCCCUAUUUUAAAUGAAGGUUUUGCAGAAAUUAUAUACUCAAUAUACGAAAUAAACUUUCUGAACAUUAACCACUUUUGUUAAAUGAAUAAAAUACUAAUGCUGCAUCAUCUUAACAGCAACGAUUCGCAUUUUCUUAUUUUAAAAACUCUUAAGAAAAUAGAAUUUUUUGCAGAAAAAUAUUGAAACAUUUUAAUUAGUCGAUAUUGAACUUCCAAUAAAUUAAACAUUAUUUCUGCAUAAUUUUAAUGGAUAUGCUUUGCAUUUUUUUAAGUUAAUGUUAAAAUUAUCUUAAUCCUGCAAAAAGGUCGAAAUAAAGAAAACGAGAAAUCAAACGAAGUUCUACUUUUUAUUACUUAACGAAUAUUUUAUUAUAAUUUUUUAAGUAUUAUUAUUUAUCUUGUACAAAUUCUCCAAGUACUUUUACGUUAUAAGUGUAAAUUUUUUAUGUAAAAUAUACCUUUUUGUACAUAAUAAAUACCCGCGUUUUUAUUGUUAUUUUAUAUUUGUACAUGUGUUUUAAAUUACACAAGCGUAUUGAUGAGGGGCAUUUACUUUAUACAUACAGGGUCUCACAUUAUAUACUUUUGAAUAAGUAUUUGCCUCUCAUCGAUUUUUGACUUUAUAUAAAAGUUACUGCGGUGACUCUUCGAAAUCACAUAAAAAACCGGAGUCAUCGCCUGAACUUUCCUUAUAAAUUUUAUGUAGAAUGUGUAUGUGUAGAAGAAAACUUCUUAAACUGUGUCCGUAUCUAAUAGUUUGUAUAUAUAUAUUCGAAAAUCAUAGCGUAUUUGGGUCUUUUAACUUUGGAGGACCAAUUUAGAAAACAUUUUAAAAGUUCCUAUGGUAUAUAAUAAUAAUAAUAUUUAAAAGUUGAUGUAAGGUAUCAUCAGUCGUAGAUACGAUAUACAAGAUGUCUGAAAUUAAGUCUGCACACUGCUGAUUAACAAUGUGGAAACAGAACAUUACAGUGACAAGUUAUCCAUCAUGGAACACUAGAUAUUAAUACGAAUCAAUAGCAAAUCCCUUUAAAAAAUGCUACAUAUAUUUUUCCUUUAGAUUUAAAAGUUAUGGAGUUCUGAGGCUUUAGAAUGAAAAAGUUUACUUUUAAAAUUGUACUAGAAAAGUAUUAUGCGUGGCCAAAGGCUAGGCGUGAUAAUGCGGUAAAACCUAGUCUGGGUGUACAUUAUUGGUGAAGAAUUUGCAAAAUUAUAUUUAUUUAGGUAGCAGUUCUAACAGCAUCCUUUGCCUCCUAUUACCCAAAUGCUUGCUUUAAAAAUUGUACUAAAAACAUCUAAUGCAUGGUUCGAAGCCACGCACAAGUUGUACCUAGUAGACCAAAUAUUCAUCAACAUUAUUUACCCUCGACUAGCUAAGGGGUUGUUUUUAAAAUUGUGCUAAAAACAUAUUAAACAGACAAACAAGAAUUUCCUAAACUGUAUCCCUUCAAAUAUAAUAUACUUUGAAGGAAGAUUAAAAUUCAGAGAAAUUUUAUGGUAGUACAUAUUUGUAUAGAUCUAAGGUUCUAUCAACACUCUAUACCCUUUACUAGCGAGGAAGUUGCUUUUAAAAUUGCACUAACUACACCUUAUGCAUUGCCAGAGGCUAUGCACGGCCAAGAUUUUUAUAAACUUAAUUUAUAUUUAGUUUAAAAAUAAUUGCCAUUAUUAAUUUUUUGUUGGCCACAAGUUCUUUUUUAGUCCAUAUUUUUAUAGUUCAAGCAACAUUUUCCAGCCCCUUUUAGCCGAGCGUUUAUUUUGAAAAUUGUACUAAAAUCAUGUAAUGCGUGCACACAGCCUACGCAUCCACGAUGCGUAGCCUUGCGUAAGUUUCUAUUAAUAUUCUUUAUCAUCUACUAGCCAUAGGGGUCGUAUUUCCGUAGAGGUUUCUGUUUUAGAAUUGUACUAAAAAUAUCUUAUGCGUAGCCUCUUACUACGUACAAGUGUCGUUUAGUACAUAAUUUUUAUUGAUCCAAAGACCUAUCAACAUUAUUUAGUAACCUUCUAGUAACCAAAGUACUAAUUCAUCUUAAUUGUACUAAAUACACUUUAUGCAAUGCCAGAGGCUAUAAAAGACUUAAGGGCUUAGGAAAUUUUUGUUGAUCCGCUUAAUGCGGGCAUUAUUUACCCUUCUUAUCAAUAUUUACUUUAUCAAUUGCCAUUACUAUUUUUUUGGCCACGCAUAAGUUCAUUUCAGCACAUAUUUUUAUAUGUACUAAAGAUUAUGUUAUAUUAACAUUCUUUAUUAUUUAUAGGGUUUCCUUUUCAAAAUUGUACUAAACAUAUUUUAUGAGUUGCAAUAGUCUACGCAUCACCAAGAAUUUCCUAAAUUGUAGUUGUUUAAAAGUGUUAUAUCAGAAAAAUUGUAUGGUGAUACCUAGUCUGUGGCCACGCAUAAAUUGUAAUUUUGUACAUAAUUUUAAUUAAAUCAAAUCCAUCAACAUUAUUUCCACACCAUUAUCCAAGAAGUUGCUAGUAUGGAAUUGUACUAAAAACACAUUAUGCUUGGCAAGAGGCAUUAAUUUCCUAAAUUUUAUCCAUUUGAAUACAGAUAUGAAUAUAAGAAUUAUAUGGCGAUUUUUAAUAUAAAUAUUAAUAUAUAUAAUUUUAAUAGAAUCAAAGAUCCAUCUAUACUAAUUAUCUUAUUUUUGGCCAGUGACUAGGCAUCUAAUAGUAAUUCCUAAACUGUAUACACUUUAAUGUAAAAUGUAUGCUAACGUAAAGAAUUAUAUAGAGGUGCAGAGGCUUUGGCCACGCACAAAUUGUAAUUAGUACAUAGUUUUAAUUGAACACAAGAUCCACCAACAUUAAUUGUUCUCCAUUAGCCAAGAAGUUGCUUUUAAUUGUACUAAAUACACCUUAUGCGUGGUCAGAGGCUACGCAAGAAUUACCAAGAAUUUCCGAAACUGUAUACACUUAAAUCUAAAAAUUUUGAAAGUGAGAGAAAUUGUGGUGUGAUGCAUAGCUUCUGGGCACUUACAUAUUUUUUUACGUUUUUUUGGUCUAAUAUUUUAUUAAUAAUAAAUACAGCUCACAAUAUUCAAUACCUUUAUGCAUUACAAAUAUAUAGAAAGAUGAAUUUAUUUUUUAACAAAUUUCACAUUUAUAUUUUUGCAAUUUUAUAUUAUUUAUAGUGUAAAAAAAUCUCUGUUUAAUUCGCCAAUUAAAAAACAACGGUCUAGUCUUAAUUACAAGAUUUAUUAAUUAGAUAUCUCCUAAAUACUAGCCAAGAUGUUCUUUGUAAAUCAUAUUAAAAGAAUGUUAUAUGUAGCCAGAGGGUAAGGCAUCAACAAAAAUUUCUAAAAUUGUAUUCAUUAAAAAAAAUUAGACUGAGACGAAUUAUAUGGUGGUGCAUUACCUAUGGCCACGCUCAAAUUGUAUUUAGUACAAAAUUUCAAUUGGACCAAAGAUCCAUCAACAUUAACUACCUUCCUUUAGUUGAAGGGUUACUUUUCGUAUUGGACUAAAUAUACCUUAUGCAUAGCCAGAGCUAUAUUAAUAUUAUAUAGAGCUUUAUUAAUAUUUACUUUCUGAAGCCAGGUACAAAGUCUUUUUAGUACUUUUAAGUACAUAUUUUCAGAAAGUCAAAUAGCCAACUCAAUCUACAGUAAAAAAUUCCAAAAACUCCGUCAUUUUCAUUUCAAAAUAAAAACUGCAUAUAACCUUUUUUAUUAGGAAAAAGAUUUGCUAUCGACUAGUGUAAUAAUAUAUAGAGUGUCCCAUUAAAAAACCAUAAUUCUCUAAGUAAACAAAAAAUGGGUUGUUCAAUUUUAUCUGUUUCUGUAGCAGAAAAAAUGUACUCAUUUAACCCACCUGGUAGCUUCAAAAAGAAAAAGGUUGCAAUAAUGCAGAUUUAAUUAUAGUCACCCCGUAUAAAUGUUUAGAGAACAUAAAUUAUAUUAUUUAGGUGUAUAAAAAGUUUGUUUUAGAGACUGACUAUGACGAUUAUUUCUUUUAAGAAUAGGGGGGAUUACACACACAUAUAUUUAUACCCUUUAUAUGAUAAAAUAUUUUCCUGCUUUCGCUGAAAAUACCUUAUCAUUGAUGUGUAAAAAAUCAUAUUGUACAAAAUUGUAAUCGUAUUGUAUAAACAAGCGUAGUACAUAUCUUUUAAUGUAAGCGAAAUUAUUUAUCUGUGGACUAUAUAAAUUAAACCAUAUCAAAGUAAUUUUAGCGUUUUAUUGUGAACUUAAAAUGUACUAAAAACCCAUUUUUGUACAAUUUUCUUCAAAUGGAAAUUAUGCAAAAUCGGCCUAGUUAUGUGUAGAUAUAUGUGUGUAGCAGUAAAACUUGUAAAAUCAAUAACCCGUCUUGUAAUAUGUAUUUUAUUUUAUAUUUGUUUUUUUUUUCUGGUAAAAAUUGCGGUGAGAUGUUGUGAGUGGCCCUAUUCAGUCGGUUGUAAUAUACGCAGCGGUCUAGGCAAUAACGAUGUACAUUAUUUUCAUUAAAGAAUUGAAUUCCUAUA